CCUUCCUUCCCCUCCUGUGCAUGAUGGAAACACCAUGGCUGCGGUGGCCCAGCUCUCUCUGACACAGCUGUCAAGUGGGAAUCCUGUAUAUGAAAAAUACUAUAGACAGGUUGAUACAGGCAAUACUGGAAGGGUGUUGGCCUCUGAUGCUGCUACUUUCCUGAAAAAAUCAGGGCUUCCAGAUUUGAUACUUGGAAAGAUUUGGGAUUUGGCUGACACAGAUGGCAAAGGUAUCCUGAACAAACAAGAAUUCUUUGUUGCUUUGCGUCUGGUGGCUUGUGCCCAGAAUGGAUUGGAUGUUUCACUGAGUAGCUUGAACCUUGCUGUUCCUCCACCAAGAUUUCAUGAUACCAGUAGUCCUUUACUAGUCAGUGGAACCUCUGCGGAACUCCCAUGGGCUGUUAAACCUGAAGAUAAGGCCAAAUAUGAUGCCAUUUUUGAUAGUUUAAGCCCUGUGAAUGGAUUUUUAUCUGGAGAUAAAGUGAAACCAGUGUUACUCAACUCUAAAUUACCUGUGGAUAUCCUUGGAAGAGUUUGGGAACUGAGUGAUAUUGACCAUGAUGGCAUGCUUGACAGAGAAGAGUUUGCAGUUGCCAUGUUUUUGGUAUACUGUGCACUGGAGAAGGAACCUGUGCCAAUGUCCUUGCCUCCAGCCUUGGUGCCACCUUCUAAGAGAAAAACGUGGGUUGUAUCUCCUGCAGAAAAAGCUAAAUAUGAUGAAAUCUUUGUGAAAACUGAUAAAGAUUUAGAUGGAUUUGUUUCUGGACUGGAGGUCCGUGAGAUCUUCCUGAAGACAGGUUUACCUUCUGCCUUAUUAGCUCAUAUUUGGGCAUUAUGUGACACAAAGGAUUGUGGGAAGCUUUCAAAGGAUCAGUUUGCUUUGGCUUUUCACUUAAUCAACCAAAAGUUAAUAAAGGGUAUUGAUCCUCCUCAGAGCCUUACUCCUGAGAUGAUCCCACCAUCAGACAGGGCCAAUUUACAGAAGAACAUCAUAGGAUCAAGUCCUGUUGCAGAUUUCUCUGCUAUUAAGGAGCUAGAUACCCUUAACAAUGAAAUAGUUGACCUACAGAGGGAAAAGAAUAAUGUGGAACAGGACCUUAAGGAGAAAGAAGAUACUGUUAAACAGAGGACAAGUGAGGUUCAGGAUCUUCAAGAUGAGGUUCAGAGGGAGAAUACUAAUCUUCAAAAGCUUCAGGCCCAGAAGCAGCAAGUACAGGAACUCCUUGAUGAACUGGAUGAGCAGAAAGCCCAGUUGGAAGAGCAGCUCAAGGAAGUCAGAAAGAAAUGUGCUGAAGAAGCCCAACUGAUCUCAUCUCUGAAAGCUGAAUUAACUAGUCAAGAAUCACAGAUCUCCAGUUAUGAAGAAGAAUUGGCCAAAGCUAGAGAAGAACUGAGCCGCCUACAGCAAGAAACAGCAGAAUUAGAAGAGAGUGUGGAGUCAGGCAAAGCACAGUUGGGACCUCUUCAACAGCAUCUACAUGAUUCACAACAGGAAAUCAGUUCAAUGCAGAUGAAACUAAUGGAAAUGAAAGAGCUGGAUAACCAUAAUCAUCAGUUAAAUUGGUGUAGUAGUCCACAAAACGUUCUUGUAAAUGGUGCUGCAGAUUAUUGCAGCCUCAGCACCAGCAGCAGUGAAACAGCCAACCUUAAUGAGCAGGCUGAAGGCCAGAACAACUUAGAAUCUGAGCCCAUACACCAGGAAUCUCCAGCAAGAAACAGUCCUGAAAUAUCACCUACCAGUAUGACUGAUGAAAAGGAAAUGGUUACUGCAGCUGUUGAAGAAAAAGCUUGUCCUGAAUUUAACAGUGAGAAACAGUCAAAAGAGGAAGAUCCAUUUGAUGUAGAAUCAAACUCACUGACAGAUCCAGUUGCAGAUACAAAUUUGGAUUUCUUCCAGUCUGAUCCUUUUGUUGGAAGUGAUCCCUUCAAGGAUGAUCCUUUUGGGAAAAUUGACCCAUUUGGAGGGGAUCCUUUCAAAGGUUCAGAUCCGUUUGCCUCUGACUGCUUCUUCAAGCAGUCUGCUACUGAUCCUUUUGCUGCUUCAAGUGCUGACCCUUUCAGCGCAGCCAGCAGUAGCAGUAAUACAUCGAUAGAAACAUUGAAGCACAAUGACCCUUUUGCUCCUGGUGGAACUGUUGUUGUUGCAGCAAGUGACUCAGCCACAGAUCCCUUUGCUUCUGUUUUUGGAAAUGAAUCAUUUGGAGAUGGAUUUGCUGACUUCAGCACAUUGUCAAAGGUCAACAGUGAGGAUCCAUUUAGUUCUGCCACAUCAAGUUCUGCUACUAAUGUGGUCACUACAAAGAAUGUGUUUGAGGAAACAUCAGUCAAAAGUGAAGAUGUACCCCCAGCCUUGCCACCAAAGAUCGGAACUCCAACAAGACCUUGCCCACCCCCACCUGGAAAAAGACCCAUCAACAAAUUGGAUUCUUCUGAUCCCUUUAAACUGAAAGAUCCAUUUCAGCCUUUCCCAGGCAAUGAUAGUCCCAAAGAAAAAGAUCCUGAUAUGUUUUGCGAUCCAUUCACUACUUCUACUACUACCACUGCCAGUAAAGAGGCUGACCCAAGCAAUUUUGCUAACUUCAGUGCUUAUCCCUCUGAAGAAGAUAUGAUUGAAUGGGCCAAGAGGGAAAGUGAGAGAGAGGAAGAGCAGAGACUUGCUCGACUGAAUCAGCAAGAACAGGAAGACUUGGAACUGGCAAUCGCACUCAGCAAAUCUGAGAUAUCAGAAGCAUGAAGAAUUCUUACGUCCUUUGUCAACAGCACUCUUAUUCCUGAAUACUGAA